CCUGGCCUGGAGUGCCCCGAGCUCCUCUUCUGGGCAUCCUAGGGGAUGACUCGGGUGCCAGGUCCAGCGCCCGCCGUCUGACGCCGGGCGGGCCGAGCUGGGGAUGCUGGAACAGAGGGCGUUGCUAUGGCAACGGGAGGCAGGGCCUGGGGGGGACCGGGCCCGGGCUGGGGCCGGCGGGACCGGAGGCGCCGGCGUCGGGGCGAUGGCGGAGCGCGGCCCGGCCUUCUGCGGUCUCUACGACACGUCCUCUCUGCUGCAGUACUGUAAUGAUGACAAUCUGUCGGGGACCAGCGGCAUGGAGGUGGACGACCGCGUGUCGGCGCUGGAGCAGCGGCUGCAGCUGCAAGAGGACGAGCUGGCGGUGCUAAAGGCGGCCCUGGCGGACGCGCUGCGUCGCCUGCGGGCCUGCGAAGAACAGGGCGCGACGCUGCGCGCGCGGGGCACCCCCAAGGGUCGGGCACCCCCGCGUCUCGGCACCACGGCUUCAGUCUGUCAGCUCUUGAAAGGCCUGCCCACCAGGACGCACCUCAAUGGCUCGGGACCCCCGCGCCGCGUGGGCGGCUAUGCCACGUCCCCCUCUUCUCCCAAGAAGGAGGCGACCUCCGGGCGCAGUGGCCGCCGCUAUCUGUCACCGGAGCGCCUGGCCUCGGUGCGCCGCGAGGACCCCCGCAGUCGCACCACUUCCUCCAGCAGCAAUUGCAGCGCCAAGAAAGAAGGCAAAGCCAAAGAAGUUCUCUUCAGCAUGGAGGAGGGCUCUGUGAAAAUGUUCCUGAGGGGCCGUCCUGUGCCCAUGCUGAUCCCCGAUGAGCUGGCGCCCACCUACAGCCUGGACACGAGAUCGGAGCUGCCAGCCAGCCGGCUCAAGCUGGACUGGGUCUAUGGGUACCGAGGCCGAGACUGCCGAAGCAACCUUUACCUGCUGCCCACCGGUGAGAUCGUCUACUUCGUGGCCUCUGUGGCAGUGUUGUACAGCGUGGAGGAGCAGAGGCAGCGCCACUACCUGGGCCACAACGAUGACAUCAAAUGGUAUGAUGUGUGCCUUCAGAAUGGGGGUAACCUGCUCUGUGCAGUGGACGAGUCUAACGACCAUAUGCUCUCUGUGUGGGACUGGGCCAAGGAAGCCAAGCUGGUCGAUGUCAAGAAACACGAGAAGCCGAAGUAUGUGCUGUGCGUGACCUUUCUGGAGGGGGGUGACUUGGUCACUGGGGACUCUGGAGGGAACCUCUAUGUCUGGGGCAAAGGUGGGAAUCGCAUCACCCACGAGGUGCUGGGUGCCCAUGAUGGUGGCGUGUUUGGGCUCUGCGCCCUGCGGGACGGGACGCUGGUGUCUGGCGGGGGCCGCGAUCGAAGGGUGGUCCUCUGGGGUUCCGACUACAGCAAGCUGCAGGAGGUGGAGGUCCCCGAGGACUUUGGCCCCGUUCGGACUGUGGCAGAGGGCCGAGGGGACACAUGGUACGUGGGCACUACCCGCAACUGCAUCCUGCAGGGUUCCGUCCACACGGGCUUCUCCCUGCUAGUCCAGGGCCACGUGGAAGAGCUGUGGGGGCUGGCCACACACCCCAGCCGGGGCCAGUUUGUGACCUGCGGACACGAUAAGUUGGUACAUCUGUGGAGCUUGGAGUCUCACCAACCCCUGUGGAGCAAGAGCAUCGAGGAUCCCGCGCGCUCCGCCAGCUUCCACCCCAAUGGCUCUGUCCUCGCCGUGGGCACAGUAACUGGCAGGUGGCUGCUGCUGGACCCAGAGACUCACGACCUGGUGGCGAUCCACACUGAUGGCAACGAGCAGAUCUCGGUGGUCAGCUUCUCCCCGAACGGGGCGUACCUGGCCGUAGGCUCCCACGACAACUUGGUGUACGUGUACACAGUGGACCAGGGUGGCCGCAAGGUCAGCCGCCUGGGCAAGUGCUCGGGCCAUUCCAGUUUUAUCACCCACCUGGACUGGGCCCGGGACAGCAGCUGUUUUGUUACCAAUUCUGGGGACUACGAGAUUCUGUACUGGGACCCUGCGACCUGUAAGCAGAUCACCAGUGCAGACGCUGUGCGGAAUGUAGAAUGGGCCACGGUCACUUGUGUCUUGGGGUUUGAGGUGUUCGGGAUCUGGUCCGAGGGGGCAGAUGGGACCGACAUCAAUGCUGUGGCCCGGUCCCACGACGGGACACUGCUGGUGUCGGCAGACGACUUUGGCAAGGUCCACCUAUUUAACUACCCCUGCUGUCAGCCUCGGGCCCUCGGCCACAAGUACGGGGGACACAGCAGCCACGUGACGAACGUGGCCUUCUCGUGGGAUGACAGUGUGGCCCUGACCACGGGGGGCAAGGACACCAGCAUUUUGCGGUGGCGGGUGGUCUGAGGCCAAGGGGCCAGGAGAGCGUGAAGGGGGCGGGAUGGGAGGUCUAUUUUCGGGAGACGUCUAUUGCCGAGUAGAGUAAUAUAUAUACCCAGAGUGUCUAUAGCUGAGAGGGCCGGGGGUGGGGUGGGUAGACAGACAGAAGUCGCUAUUUAUCUCGGAAGGGGAAGAGGGGCCACAUUGCUUCAGGACAGUCAUGGGGAGGGAGGGCUUGGAUUGGGUUUUUUUUUAAGUUUAUUCUUUUAUAUUCAUCCACAAGUAAAGACACCCACACUGAGA